AUGACAGAAGACUUUGAAAUCAUUGUUGGGACUUAUGAGCAAUUUUUACUUGGUUAUAAAGUUAUAAAAGAAGAGAAAAAAUACAGAUUAGAGCGGAGUUUUGCAACAAAAGAUCAUGUUGCUAGUAUCAGGACAACAUCAUCUAUGAAACAUUAUCUAGCGUCAGGGGCUGCUGAUGAUUGUAUCAAUAUAUACGACAUGAAACGUCGUACUGAAUCCGGAAAAUUAAUGCAUCAUAAUGGUACAGUAAAUUGUGUAUCGUUCACACCAGAUGCUACUCAUCUUGUUAGUUGUAGCAGCGAUGGAAGUAUUGCAGUCGUAAGAUGCGGUAAUUGGCAGUUGGAGAAGCAUUGGACAUCAGCUCACAAAAAUUCUGAAGUAAAUACUCUAGCAAUUCAUCCGACUGGUAAAUGUACAUUAUCAGUAGGUACCGAUGGAGUAUUGCGUUUAUGGAAUCUCGUAAAUGGACAUCACGCUUAUGCGAUUAAUUUGGUCCCUAGACUGAAAUUGCAAGCUAAAAAUAUUACCGUAUUACAAUGGAGUCCAGAUGGUGAGAAAUAUUUAAUGGCAGCAAAUAAUCAACUGGAUGUUUACUCUCGUUCUACGGCUGGUAUCUGUGCUGAAGUGACGUUUGACGUAAAAAUUGUCUGCGUUGAAUUUAUCAACGACAAUGUCAUUGUUAUUGGACAUGAAAACGGCACAUUGAGAAUUUAUGACAUAGAGGAACAGUCAGAACUUUUACAAACAGUUGGUCAUGAUUCACGAGUUAAAUGUCUCAAACAUAAAGGGAAAUUUAUUGUUUCAGCGUCAAGCUCUGGAGAAGUUAAAGUUUGGAAAUACGAAGACAUACCAAGGAACGUCCGACUGUUUGGCUUCCUCGGGGUUCCUUUCAUUGUUCUCUGGGUCGUUUACCUAUCAAUACAAUACAUGAAUAUUGAGAUUAACAUCCGACAAGUCUAA